AUGGAGAAGGAUCUGGAUCCAGAGACACGACAAGAGUUUAUUGCGGUUUACAAUGAAUGCAAAGGAGUGCAAUUGCCGUCUUCUAUACCCGAAUCAUACAAACGAGACGAGCUUAUGUCUAGAUGGGACAUAGACAAACAACGGCUUUUCUGCCGUUGGGCCAACAGCAAUGAUUGCCCAGGGCGUAUGGGCACACGAUCGAUCUCCCUGCCUCGCCAUGGCCCUUUCUCUAGGGGUCAAUACGUCAAAGCGGUGGAAGAUUUGGAUUUCUCGCAGGAGGAAUCCAUUGCCAUCUUUCGCAGAGACUUCUCGUCAGGUGACUAUGGCCCGGCGUUUCCAUCACUUUGGCUUUUCAAGCGCGGUGGGCCGAGUUUCUACCUCAGCCCCCAUCCCGCGUUCUACGAUUACAUUCCAGAGUGGUAUAUAAAGGAAGAUCCAGAUUGGGAUCCAACCGGCGCACCUGAAGGAACGAUGAUAAAGGUCGGGUCUUUGGAUCAAAUUUACAAGUUUGUGCCUCCAAUCACACCGCCUGCUCAGUCUCCAGAGUCGGUUGAUGUUGUUGAUGGCCAUUCUCUUCAUUAUGGGCUCAUGUUGGGCUCACUGUGGUGCUCGAGGUACGACGACAUCUGUGAUUAUCGCGAAUUUCUUGAGGAGGAGCAAGAUUUCCUAGUCUUCCUUCACCCCGCGGACAAGAGUCUCUGGUUGGUCUUCAACUGCUUUCCCAUGAGACGGAUAACCGGAGAGCCGUAUUUUAUACCUGAUCCCAACAGAGAGCUACAAUGGUAUGCGCGUGAAGGAAGGUGGCCACAGACGUGGAUGGUGGCACGGCUCCCAUUCUCAUACCUGAAGCGCGGCCUAACAUCCUUCCGCGAAGAGGAUCCAGAUUGGAGAUGGCUCGACGGCAGCAGCGGCCAUGACGGCGAACAAUCAGACUCAGAAGUUGUUGUUGUCGUUAAUGGGGACGAUCCUGUUUGGAACGGGCCAAUGAAGGAGCCCAAUCACCGCCCGAUUCCUGAGAAUCCGCCGAUGGAUGAAUUCAUGGAGUAUCUGACUCGCGUGCGCCCGUCACAGUCACAGUCUCUAUCCAAGCACGCAGCUCCCACUUCGUCUGCCGCCACAUCCGAGCAAGGGGAUUGA